UUUUAUAUUUAUAAAGAUUGAUGGUAUCAAGCCCUUUUACAAAAAAAAAAAAAGAGUGAUGGGAUCUUUUAUUUCAAAAGUUCAUUUGUAAACAAUAAUAACGCCGCCGAAUCCGAUUAUGUUAUUUGGCAAUGAGACCACCCCUCGAUUUCAGUGUGGAACCAGUUGAUUUUAAAGAUUAGGUGGUAAGGGCAUUUUAGUAAUAAUGCCACAAAUCACAUACAUGUUCACGUAAUCAAGCCAGUCCCGACUUCUGACUUGCUCCUAUAAAUAGCAUCUGUUCCGGAAGAGGAACACCACUCCAGUAACCUUCUCAAACAUUUUCUUAAAAACAUCUCUAAUCAUUCCAAAAUAUUAGACACUUUUACGAUUAGAUUCAGAUUUAAAUUACAAAUAAAAUAAAAAAAGGUAGAAAAGAGUUCAGGUGAGGAGUGGUGUAGGGCAUGAAAUUCUUACUGGAGCUCGUCGUGCCUUGCUUUGGUUCGCAGCAGUUCCACCACUCCGCCGUGGAUGAUUCCAUUUCAGGCGAAACGCAGUCGCUAAUGAAACAGCGAAGGCGGCGGAAACGCGUCAGACUUGCGGGCCAACCGGGACAAGAGUGGAGACCGUCCCUCAGCGUGAUCUCCGAGCACAAGCCGGCGAUAACUGAGAAAUCGGAAGAAGAGCGGAAAGUCCGUCGGAAAAGUGAAGUCUGCGGCGGAGACUCGUCGUCCCGAUCCGGUGGUAGUCAUGUUCGUUUCCGCAGUGACGGUUUGGGGAGUAAUGAUUUGGAACCAGUAAUUCCGACAUUCUCACCGACCCCGUUCAUGUUUUGAGUUUUAGUAGUUUAUCUAUGUAUAUAUAUUUGAUACUAAUUAGUAACUGCCACCGAUAUAUAAACAUAUAUAAAUAAAUAUGUUUCGCCGAGCUCAAAUAAUAGAGUUUGUUGAUGACACAAAAAAAGUUUGUCUAUCAAUUUGCUUGUUAAGUUUAUCUGCUUA